ACAGUAUUUUUUUAUUUCGACCAACCCCCUCUUUUUAACAAUCAUGAGUAAAUCCAGGAGAUAUAAUAAGAUAUUGAACAAAAUUGUCAACAUCAAUGAAGAUUGUUCCGAGGAUACCUCCGAAGGAGAUCAGUAUGAAUUAGGCCAAAGCGAAGUUGACGGUGAAAGUUCUGAAUACAUCAAAAGUGGAGAGAUAGAAGGAUCAUCGGAUAGCGAAGAGGAAAGCUUCUUGAAAGUGUGUCGUAACAAGAAAAGGACGCGUAUUCUUCCUAGUUCUGACUCCGAGGAUGAGAGGACGAGCGUUCCAAGCGCAUCCCAAAAUGUAAUGGGUGAAAUUGAAAUUGCGGUUGACUGGACACAGUGGAUAAAACUGAAAGCAGGCGGAUCUGGGGGUAGAACGCCCGUUCGUAUGAUAUUCAAGGAUAUCGCAGGGUUUACUGGCUGUGCUAAGAGGAAUAUUAUGUCGGGUUGUGUAACUAGUGUUUCCGAAUUGAUAAUUGACAGACACAUAACGGAAUACAUAAAAGAUUGCAGUGAAACCGAGGCACAUCGAGCUUUGAAAAAAGACUGGACAAUCACAGUUGCUGAGUUACGUAGUUUUACGACAGACAAUUUCUUUACAGGCAUCCCGCUAGCUGAAAAGUUGCUUGCAGAAAAAGCAACCUUGGUUGGGACCGUCCGGUCGAACAAAAGAGAACCGUCGAAACCAGCGAAGGAAAGAAAGAACAGGAUGACUUUGUUUUCCUCGCAUUUAUAUAAAUCAGAAAACUGCACGCUUACUGUAAAAGUAAACCUAACGUGA